GAAAAAAAACAGCUUGCAUUUAAUGUCUGUUUGUGUGUGCACAGGGUCCUCCAUUUCCUUGUUCUGUAAUUCCUGCUUGUGAAAUAAGUAAUCAUCACAUUAAAUUUGACUGAGUCACUAGGAAAGAGCCAUUAACUUUCUCCGUAAAAUGAUACUUCAUGCAAGGCUUCUUUUCCUGGUAGGAAGUGUGUCUGGGAGGACUGGGAGAAACAAGCAACUUAACAUGAUGCUUUCAUUAGAGACUUUUUAUUCUCAGGGUCUUUCGUAGUAUACAUACAGCAUGACAACAGAGGAGGAUCUCAAUCUUAUUUAAGAAGCUUGGUGGCACCAAGCCACCAAAGCUGUGGGAUGCACACCCAAUAAAAGGGAAUAAAUUCCUUCUUGUUUGUUACUCCUGCUUUUGAUCAGCUUUAGCACAUUCUGAUGAGCAGAAUCACAGAAACACCAAAGUUGGAAAAGACCUACAAGAAGGUCCCUGUGGAGGUAGAAUAUGUCACUGACAACUAUUGCAGAAAGUAAUGGAGUGGCUGCUGGUAAGAAAGAAGAAACAUCUUCACAGGAAACAGAAAUCAAGUAGGCUGAUGGGGCGACAUCAAUGCUCAGAAAAUGCCAGAGAGCUCCCAAAGUGCACACAUGAGAACACGGCAAAACUGAGAAGAGUUGAUGCUGGAAGUGGGAGAAGGAACACUUAGCAAAAGCAGGAAGCUGGAGACUAAGGGAGACCUCCAUGUAGUUUUCUUACUAAGCUCUGCGCUGAAAAUAAUGAAGGAGUUAAUCAUAAUGCUGAAGCAGAUGCUUAGCUCAGCGAAGUUCCAGAAUGACCAGCCAAGAACCUGGUUUAUUGGUAAUCUGUAUUUAUGUAUUAAUGCACAGGCAUUAUAUUUUAUUUGUAUAUGAUUCCACAGGGUAUUUUAAGUAGUGUAAUUAGUUUGCUGUUGAAUAGACAAAUAUGUUAUUCUUUUAUAUAUGGAUAGAUGGUAGGACUAGAAAGAUCUCUUAUGCUCUCUAAUUUCAUUCAAUAAUUUAAUUAUCUAGCUCCAUAGCUCCAGAGCUGGAACUGGAGGUUUUUUCUGGCCUGACAGCUACAGCCUAGUGACUUAACCUGGAAAAACUCUCUAGGCUGGUCUGAUGGAAAGAUCUUAUAUGAGUGGUACAUUUAGCAAUAUUUGACACAGUUCUUCAUUUCUAAGGGUAUUAGAUCCAUUUUUGAUUCAAUUGUUCUGUUGCUAUUGCUGUUGUUUUCCUGAUGACAACACUAUUUGAAAACUUACUGUUCCAUAUGUGUUAUUUAAAUAAAGCAUAAUAGGAAUGUGGAAUGAUAGAAUGUCUGUAGGACUUUCAGUUGGGUUCUCCCUCCACUCUCUUCAGAAUCAGCUUGUAUGUGAAAUACUCUAUGGGGCUUUGCUGCAGCCACUCAAGAGGGCCCAGAAAGAUGAAUAAUCUCAGAGAAAAGCUGUGGCAUAUUUUACAAAGUUUUGUGAAGUGAAAUGAAGCUGUGAGCUGCAGGAACAAUUGCUGUUUGAUGGUUUGGGCUUUUUGCAAGCUUGAGUGUAUUUACGAAGAGGAAAUCUGUAGAAGAAUAUCCAUUACUAAAUGCAAUUAGUGGGGGAAAAACAACAGCAACUUGCUGUGAUUCUUGUAAAGAGCUUUGCUGAACUCCUGGGAAUAGAAGCUACUGAUGCUUCUGGUUCCAGAACUGUUCUUAAUGGUUUUAUUACUCUAUUCCCUCUUCUACUGAACUUCCCUUGAUUCUAAAAAAAAUUAAAAUCAUCUGCACAUAGAACGAUUGAACGAUAGAAGGAACAUAGACAAAUGGAGUGGAGAAGCAAACUCUGAAGUCUUUGCAGCCCAGGCACCUAGGAGGAGGAAUCUCUGGCACCAAAUUCCUGUAGAACAGAGGACGUUUACUGAGACUAUUUUGCAGAAGACAGGAUUUUUUUGCAACAUUCGUAAGUUCUGUACAUGUAUUUGAGUAGUAUGCUUGCUAGUUAUUUGUAAGCACUCUAUUAUUUAAGUUGUGAUUCAGUUAGACAUUGUAAAAAAGUGCUUCCUUGUUUAUCGGAUCAAGCUUUAAUCACAUGGGCUUCAAGAGUUAGGUGGGUUACGUGUUUUUCCAGGAGAUGUAUAUUUCUUUCAAGAAUAUUUCUAUAGAAUUUGAAUGUUGUUUUUUUUUUUUUUUUCCAAAUUCAAACUGAAAAGGAAAUGCAGCUUUGUCUGCAUUAUCAGAGAUACUGACAGUGGGCAUUGGAAAUAGAAGCACAUGCAGUAACUGAGACAGGUUUGAGUAAAUUGGCAGGAAGACAAGAUUAAGGCUGUUCUGCUUAUUCUAAUGUUAUAGAUAUUCUGUGUAAAUUACAUGAUUCCAUUUUGCAUAGCCAUCUCCCUGAUGCUUUUGGCUUGAUUCACGUUGAUUUAAGUGAGACUAAAAUUAAGAAUCAUACAUGUCUGUAUUCCUACUAUAUUUUUUUCCUUUUUUUUUUUUUAUAAAAGUAUGUUUGUAACUUUUUACUUACUGUGCUUGUUCUUCUGUACUUCUGGUAUCAUGUUCCAAGGGAGAAUAUUUUUCUAUAGAGAACUUCUUACUUACAGAACAGUUAACAAAAAACGGUUAUUCUUUCAGGGUGAUUGGGCACAGGAACACAGAAAACUUGAAAGGUGAGCCCAGAAGACUCAGCAAUUUGAAUUGCAGUCUUUAGUGUUUCAUCUGUACUUUGCUGUUUUGCUUCCAGUUACCCUAAAUGUGCAAAUUGAUGUUUUAUUUCCAUGUAUGUUAUAGAAAAUGGUAGGAAAUGCAAAUGCCUGACAAGUCUCUUUCCCAUCCUGCUUGGAAAGGAAAAAAGUAAGUGAUUCUUAGUGUAAAUAUUAUCUCAUGCCAUGCAUGAGUUACAGUGCAGCUUUACUGUGCGUUGUAGGUUUGCAGAUGAUCCCUCAGAAGAUUUUCAUGAAGAGAAACAGCCUUAAAGCUUAUUUAUGUUGAAUUCAAACUGAAUGUACAGAGAUAAUUGUUAAUGACUGGUAUUGGUGUAUAAUUGAAAGCCUUUUGAAGAUUUUGUAAUGCUUAUGUUCAUAGCUGUAAGAUUUUGUAGCAAUCUAGAAUUGUAGAAUUUGAUUCUAAAGCUAUCCAGUUCCCUCUUAAAGCCAGCUAUGCAGUAGCUCUGGUACGAUGUAUUCCUGUCUCCACUGGAUUUCCAGAGUAUUUCACAUUCAGUGAUGUGAACACUAACAUUUCAUUGGUCAAAGCAGUUUGAUAAGAAAGACAAAAUCCCUGUUCUACCUUUAGUAUGGCAUAUUUGUUAACUUGUGUCAAGCUCUUUGUGGUUGUAAAUCAGACAAGAUCAAACCUGUGGUCUUACAGUCAUCUUUUAUCUGCGGUAAACUUUUCUAUUUCCUAAUUUGUGUUUGAGGCGACACCAAUGUCACAAGAGCUACAAGCCCCAGUUUUCAUCUAGCACUGCUGUAACCCUGGUAAAGCCACUAAGUGAUACCCUUCCAAAAACAGGAAGCCCUCUCUGCUCAAGAUCAUUAAGAUAUGAUUACAGCACAAGAUAUCAGGCUUUUAUCACAGGCUUGAUGUACUCCUGAAAAUAUAUUGUGGCACAAAUCAGUUAGAAAGCAGAACAUAAAUGCAGAGAUUAUUUGUGGUCUGAAGUUCAGGCCUUGACAGACAUUGGAUUUUAAGCAGAAGUGACUGAGUUUGCAGUGAGGUGGCUGGCAAGCUCAGGUACACUCUGGUUUGCUUUCUUUAUUCUGAAAUGAAUGGGGCAGUGGAGACAGUAAAAAAAAAAACAAAACAGCAUAGGGAUAUCAACCUACUAAACUGCCUGAACUCUAAGCAUAGUGAAUAUGUGUCCUGUUUCAUUUCUGAGAUGAGACAAAUCAAUUAAAUCCUGGCUGUUUCUGGAGCACAAUCCUAGACAAAAAGGGACUUGUGGCACUCUGAAAUGCUGACCUGAAGUGUUUGUGUGGUUUGUUGCAGGCUGCAUGUUCAUCAUGUCUUCCAUUCUUGAGAAGAUGAAGAAAUUUGGCAGUUCUGACAUAGAAGAAUCUGAAGUGACAGAUGAACACACGGAUGGGGAAGACUCUGCAUUGGAAGCACCUGACAACCUGCAGGGUACAUUCAGCAGCAAGGUGCAGCCAUCCAGAAGCAAUAUCUUUGCAAGACGUGGACGAUUUGUGAUGGGGGAUAGUGACAAAGACAUGGCUCCAAUGGAUUCCUUUUACCAGAUGGAUCACCUGAUGGCACCUUCUGUCAUCAAAUUUCAUGCCAAUAUGGAGAGGGGGAAACUUCACAAGCUCCUGUCAACAGAUUCCAUCACAGGCUGCUCUGAAAAAGCUUUCAAAUUUUAUGACCGCAGAAGGAUCUUUGAUGCUGUAGCCCAAGGCAACACAAAGGACCUGGAUGACCUGCUGCUCUAUCUUAACAGGACCUUGAAGCAUCUCACAGAUGAUGAAUUCAAAGAACCAGAAACUGGGAAAACCUGCUUACUGAAAGCCAUGCUGAAUCUACAUGAUGGGAAAAAUGAUACCAUUCCCUUGCUGCUGGAUAUUGCAAAGAAAACGGGAACUCUGAAAGAGUUUGUGAAUGCAGAAUAUACUGACAACUACUACAAGGGCCAGACUGCACUCCACAUUGCCAUUGAGAGAAGGAACAUGUACCUGGUUAAACUCUUGGUCCAGAAUGGAGCAGAUGUUCAUGCAAGAGCAUGUGGGGAGUUCUUCAGGAAAAUCAAAGGGAAACCUGGUUUUUAUUUUGGAGAGCUGCCCCUGUCUCUGGCUGCCUGCACCAAUCAGCUCUGCAUUGUGAAAUUCCUCCUUGAGAACCCCUACCAGGCUGCUGAUAUUGCUGCUGAGGACUCCAUGGGCAAUAUGGUCCUGCAUACUCUGGUGGAGAUUGCAGAUAACACUAAGGAUAAUACCAAGUUUGUUACCAAGAUGUACAAUAACAUAUUGAUCCUUGGUGCCAAAAUAAAUCCUAUCCUGAAGUUGGAAGAACUCACCAACAAAAAAGGGCUGACUCCAUUAACAUUGGCAGCCAAAACAGGGAAGAUAGGGAUUUUCGCUUACAUCCUCAGACGAGAGAUCAAAGAUCCUGAGUGCAGACACUUGUCAAGGAAGUUCACUGAAUGGGCUUAUGGACCUGUCCACUCAUCUCUUUAUGACCUGUCCUGCAUAGACACAUGUGAGAAAAAUUCAGUGCUUGAAAUUAUUGCCUACAGUAGUGAAACACCAGUAAGUAUGUACUUCCUUGAUGUUUAUUUGCAGACUGGGGACUGCUGGAGAAGAGCUUUGUGUUCUACACAGUACAUCUUUUGUGUCAUUUCUGUAAAACAACAACUUGUAUUAGAGGAGGCAUUUGCUAAAAUUGAGCAUCACUUGCUAUUUUUAAAGCCCAGUGCAUACGGAACCUGUCAAGGUUCUCCUCUUUAUCUUUCCACUCAGAAUCGUCACGAGAUGCUGCUGGUAGAACCCCUUAACAGGCUGCUGCAAGACAAGUGGGACCGGUUUGUCAAGCACUUAUUUUACUUCAACUUCUUCGUAUAUGCAAUUCAUAUCAGCAUCCUGACUACGGCUGCCUACUACAGACCUGUGCAGAAGGGGGAAAAUCCUCCCUUCACUUUUGGUCACAGCACUGGGGAAUAUUUUCGAGUGACUGGAGAGAUACUGAGCGUACUGGGAGGACUGUAUUUUUUUUUCAGAGGGAUACAGUAUUUUGUGCAGAGGCGCCCAUCAUUGAAGACACUGAUAGUUGACAGUUACAGUGAAGUUCUUUUCUUUGUUCACUCUUUGCUCCUCCUGAGCUCUGUGGUGCUGUACUUCUGUGGCCAGGAACUGUAUGUGGCUUCCAUGGUCUUCUCCUUGGCUCUGGGCUGGGCUAACAUGCUAUACUACACCCGUGGCUUCCAGCAGAUGGGCAUUUACUCUGUCAUGAUUGCAAAGAUGAUCCUAAGAGACUUAUGUCGCUUCAUGUUUGUCUAUCUAGUAUUCCUCUUGGGAUUUUCCACAGCUGUGGUGACUUUAAUUGAAGAUGACAAUGAGGGGCAGGACACAAAUAGCUCUGAAUAUGCCCGAUGCAGCCAUACAAAGCGAGGCCGCACAUCCUAUAACAGUCUGUAUUAUACCUGCUUGGAACUCUUCAAGUUCACUAUUGGGAUGGGAGACCUGGAGUUUACAGAGAACUACAGGUUCAAGUCCGUGUUUGUCAUCCUUCUGGUUCUCUAUGUCAUCCUUACGUACAUCCUCCUGCUCAAUAUGCUUAUUGCACUGAUGGGAGAAACUGUGAGCAAAAUUGCACAGGAGAGCAAGAGCAUCUGGAAACUCCAGAGAGCCAUCACAAUCUUGGAUAUUGAAAACAGCUACUUGAACUGUUUGAGGCGCUCGUUCCGAUCUGGAAAGCAAGUCUUGGUGGGGAUCACACCUGAUGGCCAAGAUGAUUACAGAUGGUGCUUUAGAGUUGAUGAAGUGAACUGGUCCACGUGGAAUACUAAUUUGGGCAUAAUCAACGAAGAUCCUGGGUGCUCUGGGGACCUCAAACGAAAUCCCAGUUACUCUAUUAAGCCUGGUAGAGUUUCAGGGAAAAACUGGAAAACUUUGGUUCCGCUUUUAAGAGAUGGAAGCAGGAGAGAGGAAACACAAAAACUUCCAGAAGAAAUCAAACUAAAACCUAUUUUGGAACCUUAUUAUGAGCCAGAGGAUUGUGAGACGUUGAAGGAAUCUCUUCCAAAGUCAGUCUGAUUUUCUUUUGUUUUUAAGAAGAAGGCUAAUUGUUUGGGUUGGUUCUUACAAGGAGGACAAUUAAAACACUUCCUUCAGAAGAAGAGGGAUUUAUGGAAAAAGACCAAAGAAGUUAGGAAAUGACUGUGUGCAAGGAUUCAUUAAGUAUCCUGAAUAAACUACUUGUUGUUUAAA